CGCAAUUUAUUAGAUAAUGAGCAAAAAAUUUUUAAACACAGAAAUAUUAGUGGAAGCUGGUACAAAAAUGUUGUAAAUGGUCUCGAAUAAAUUUGAAGAGAUUGAAUAAUUAAAAUUCCCAGUUGUCCCAAAGGUUCAACCAGGUUUCUUGAGAUAAUAAUUUUCUGAAAAACCUCCUUUAGAACCAGAAUCACUAGAUAUAAUAUUAUAAGAGACAGAAAAAAAAGUAAUUUAUGAUAAUACUACUUUAGAUAUUUCCAGGAUUGACUUUAUGGAGUCAUCCUAACUUUUUUGCAUAUUAUCCUUCAAAUAUUACACAUGCUUCAAUAAUAGCAGAAAUAUUUGCCUCAGCUUUUGGAACACCUGGAUUUUAAUGGUUAGCAUCUCCAGCUUAAACAGAAUUAGAGAAUAUUGUGGUUGAUUGGAUGGUUUAUGGUUUAGAUUUGCCAAGCAAAUUUUUAAUGAAAAAUUAAGGAGGGGGAACAAUAGCAGGAACAGUUUCAGAUGCUAUAUUUAUUUCUGUUCAUGUUGCUAAAAGAAGAAAGAUGAAAUAGUUAAAUAUAAAUACAGAUUCAGCUAAGGUUUGUAAAUUUGUAGGUUAUUAUGUUGAAAGUGCUCAUGCAUGUGCAACAAAAGCUUUACAUUUAAAGGAUAUUUAUUAUUAAAAGAAAUUACCUAUUAUAUUUAAUGAAACAUUAUAAAAUUAUAUAGUUGAUAUAGAAAAAACAAUAGAAAUAAUUGAAUAGGAUAUUAAUGAAGGUUUAAUUCCAUUUUGGUUAAGCUGUUCUUUUGGAACAACAGGCACUUGUGCAUUUGAUCCUUUAGAUUAAUUGGGUGAAAUUUGCAAAAAAUAUUAAAUUUGGUUUAAUGUAGAUGCAGCAUAUGCAGGAUCAUCAUGGAUUAUAAAUGAAUAUAGAGAAAAAGCUAUAGGAUUAGAAUUAGCAGAUUCAAUUGAAGUUAAUUUUGCUAAAUUAAUGAUGUGUGGUCUUACUGGCAGUUUAUUUUAUGUUAAUGAUAAAAAUGAAUUAGCUGAAGCUAUGGGAAAUAAAAUAGAUUUCGAAAUUUAUAAAAAUAAAUUUACAGAAAAUUACGAUGUAUGGGAUUAUAAAGAUUGGUAAGUUGCUUUGGGUAAGAGAUUUAAUUCAAUUAAAAUGUUUUGGAUGAUUAAAAGCUUAGGAUUGAAUGGCAUGAGAGAAUAAAUUUUAUAAAAAAUAGAAGUGGCAAAACAUUUUGAAUAAUUAGUCAGAUCAUCUAAUAGAUUUAAAAUAUUUACUAAACCAUAAUUAGGAUUAGUCACAUUUUUAUUAGUUCAUGAAGAUUUAAGUACUUAAAAUAAAUUGAAUAGAAGAUUAUAAGAAUUAAUAAAUGAAAAUACUUUAUUAGGAUUUAUAAGUGGAUCAGAAAUUAAAGGUAUUUUUUAUUUAAGAGUGUCUAUUGCAAAUCAUACAACAACAAAAGAGAAUGUAGAACAUUUUUGGAAUCACAUUUUAAAAUUAACUGAGCAAUUAUGA